AUGUUGUUUGUUGUCUUUGCAGGACCGUCCAGGCGAGCGAGACCGAACGGUGAACUCAAGGAGAAGUUUAGGCUGCUGAAGGAGCUCAGCCAUCGAUUGUGGCCUGAGGUAGUGGUGGCGCUUGAGAAGAAAAAGCAAGAGAGGAAAGAUAAGAGGGAAGGGAAAGACAAAUCUGCCAUCCCUGCGACUCCGAUAUCCACAGCGAAGCCAUCCCGUUCUAAGAAGAAAUCGAUGGGUCUUAGGAAGAGAGCGGCCGUGCCUAUUGACGACGUUGUCGUUGCUUCCGAGCCGGCGCCCAAAAAGAAACGGGUCGAGUCCCCAGACUGA